AUGAUUGACAUGAUGGCAAUUGGGAUGGUCGGUGGAAUUUAUUGUCCAUUAUCAGUUCGAGAUUCACAACAUCGUUUGAGUGUACUGAUAGAACAAAUUCGAAGUCAUCUUGUUCUUGUUCAUCCCAUCACACAAACUAACUUCAAAGAUAAUAUUAUCUCGCUUGAUAUUGAUUCAAUUGUGAUUGAUCACGAACGAGAAAGCGAUGCUGAUGUUAAUCAACUAACAAGCACUAGAGUAACACCAGAGAAUAUGGCUUAUUUUAUUUUCGCCAGUGGUGUAACCGGCACACCAAAAGCAGUUGGCUCUCGAUAUCAUAGUCGAUCAAAAUUAUCGGAUAAUAAUGGUCUCUUUCAUUAUAAAGGAAGAAAAGAUCAUCAAGUUGAUGCUAGUCUCUUAUUUGCCAAUCCAUCAAUUCGACAAUUUGCACGAAUCAUUGAACCAUUGCUGAUCGUAUAUGAUGAUUCGUCUGUCAAAACUACUGCUUUGAAAUUAGAAGAAGAUCAAGAUCGACCAAUACCAUCCUUGUAUUUCUUAUCACCAUACGAUGUCCUUUUAUCGUUAAUUUUACGAUGGUUAGGUGCUCAUGUCGAAGAUGAUGUCAAAUUCGCUGAAUUUCAACAAAUAUUACGUUUUCCAUCAAAUCUUCUUAACAUCGAACGUGGUGUGACAACGUUUGGUGAAGCUAAUCUUGCUCCAUUGAAAUUAACAAAAGAAGGACUUUGUUGUCUUGAUGAAAUACAUCUUGGCUCACAUACUAAUCUUGGUAAUUGGUGUACAAUUAUGCCAGCAACAAGGCUUCCUCCCAAAGUAAUUGUUGGAAGUCUUACAUUGAUUACACGAAAAACAGCUAGUACAGAAAAUAAUUGUAUAUUACUCGGUAUUCCAGCUCAUCAAAUACCUUUUGUAACAUCGGAUGAUACAUCUAUCGUAAAUGAUUUAUCAUAUUCGAACUUCAUAUCUAUCUAUACACUAUUGUUCACCUGUCUUAGUUUUUCUAUAAGCAAGUGUCUAUUCAUCAUUUUAUAUUUAUCAUUAUCAGUCGCUGCUGCAUUAUUUAUCCAUGCAAUAAUCUACUGUGCAAUCUAUCAUUAUUUAAUCUUGUUUACCAAAAGACGCUCAGACUUCACAUAUUCAGAGGUUAUUACGCACCAAAAACACUUUUUCUCUUGAUUUAUGAAAGAUUUUUCUGCGUUUGUCGGACCAUAUCUAUCAGGAACACAAUUUCUUGUUUUUCUUUUUCGUAUGCUUAGUGCUCACAUUGGAUCCGAUGUUAUUUUGCCUGAUAUUAGUUGUAUCACUGAUCCUCAUCUUGUAAACAUUGUAUUUCUAUUAUAUUUUGUUCAUGUUAUCCUUUCUAUU